GAGGAACUGAGGAAGCAGAGAACCGGCGGCGAAGGGAAAGUUUGAGGUGGUGAUUAGAGAAGGGCAAAAUUGGAGUUUCACUUUCCAGAAGAAUGGAAGAGACCAAGAGAGUGCAAACCCUAGUGCAACAAGGUGUAUCAGAGGUACCGCUCCGAUAUAUCCAGCCGCCUGAGAACCGACCGAAACCCAUCUCAAACGCCACCUAUAACAUCCCUACAAUUGAUCUCUCCCAUUCAAAAGACUCGGUGAUCGCAGCAAUCCGAGAUGCCUGCAGGAAAUGGGGAGCAUUCCACGUCUCCAACCAUGGGGUUCCGAUCCCGUUGAUGGACCAGAUGAGGAAACUCCCUCUCUCUUUCUUCAAUGAUUUUCCCAUGGAGGAGAAGUUCAAGUAUGCCUGCCACCCCAAAUCUCCUGCCUCCGAGGGCUACGGCAGCCGCAUGCUCCUCAGCUCUGAGGAUGACACUGUCUUAGACUGGAGGGACUAUUUCGAUCACCAUACUCUCCCUCUCUCCCGCCGCAACCCCUUGCGCUGGCCACACUUUCCUUCUGAAUACAGGCAAGUGGUGGCUAAAUACAGUGAUGAGAUGAAAGGGUUGGCUCAGAGGUUGCUGGGGCUGACAUCAGAAAGUUUGGGGCUGCGACCAUCAUGCAUUGAGGAUGCGGUUGGGGACUUCUAUCAGAACAUUACAGUGAGCUAUUACCCUCCAUGUCCUCAGCCGGAGCUGACCUUGGGCCUUCAGACACAUUCCGACAUGGGUGCUAUUACACUGCUCAUACAGGAUGAGGUCGGUGGUCUUCAGGUGCUCAAGGACGGGGAAUGGAUCACAGUUCAUCCGCUGCCUAAUGCCAUUGUUGUCCUCCUUGCAGACCAAACUGAGAUUAUAACCAAUGGGAAAUACAGAAGUGGUGUACAUAGAGCCAUAACAAAUGCCAGCAGAGCACGACUUUCAGUUGCUACCUUUCAUGAUCCGGCCAAGGCAGUUAAAAUAUCUCCUGCAUCUGAUCUUCUGAGUGAGUCUUCCCCUCCUCGAUAUAGUUCAGUUGUUUAUGGAGACUAUGUGUCGUCCUGGUACUCAAAGGGCCCGGAAGGAAAACGAAAUCUUGAUGCUCUCAGGCUUGAUACAUAGUUUAGGUGGACACAAUUCAUUGUUAAUUUGUUCUGUGUUCAGUUAUGCAAAAUACCAUCACUUUAUUGUCAGAUGAGGGAUAUGUUGCUAAACUUUUCCAUCCGAAAAAACAGAACAUGGGAUUGCGAAUGAAAUAAAGGGACAAAUUCCAA